AUGAGAGAGCAAGUAGGUCACUGUGACAUCUGUUCAAGACCAUUUUCAUCUUUUGAAAGAUUACAAAAACAUUGGAAUAAAAAGCACACGGAAGUGCAAGCCAUAAGCUGUUGCUUUUGUGAUUUUAUAGUUAAAGAGGAGCCAUUGUUUGCUAAACAUAAAAAAGAAUUUCAUCCAAAGGAUAGGAUGGCGUGUGAGUUUUGUGCAUAUACCACAGGAAAAUGGAGUAAGCUGAAAAAACAUCACACCCAUGUUCAUGUGGCUUUCUAUAAAGAAAACAUUGCUGCUGAAUUACUAAAGAAAAACUUCAAAAAGAAAACAGUGUUAUCUUCAUGUAAAUUCCCAACAGAAUACAAAUUAAUUUCCUCAAAUUGUGGAAAUGUUGAAGUCAGAUGCUCAAUACUGAAGGAGAAAGAAAAUGUAUCAUUAACUAAUGAAAAGAUAGCUGAGUUUUACCACAAUAAAUUCAAAACAUGUGACAAAUUGCAGUUAAAUCAUGAAAAUAAAACAACAGCACCUCAAAAGUUACAGUUAUAUGAAUGUGCCCUGGAGAAUUGUAAAACUUGUCAACUAUACCAUAAUGGUAAACAGAGAGGCAGCGAGCCUCCAGCAGAGAAUUUUGUGUGUGACAUUUGCCAAACAAGUUUUAAAUCCUUAUCUCAUUUGGCUUCUCAUAAAAUUGUGCACACUCCCUUGAAAUGUUACAUAUGUUGCCACUGUGAUAAAAGUUUUAACAUUGGAGAUGAAUAUGAUCUACACUUGACAAGACAUUUUAGGUUUAAACCAUUUAAAUGUGAAUUUUGUGAAAAAUGUUAUGCAAAUAAACGUUAUCUUAAAGAUCACAUGAGAUUGCAUACUGGAGAAUCAAUUCACAAAUCAGAAGAUGAAAAUAUGGUCAAUAGAUCUGGUUUCAAAUCUUCAGAAGAUGAAAAUUCUGUUAGUUCAUUUGACUGUAUAUCUACAGUAGAUGAAACUGCAGCUAACACAUCUGUUUCCACCUCCAUGCUGGGCAGCUUCUUAGAUAUGAACUGA